CAGACUCCUCUCGCGGAGGUAUACCGAAUAAGUGUCUACGUAUAUACACAUAUAUAUAUAUAUUUUACUGCUCCAGUCCAAAGAACUACGGUCGCGCGAAGCUGUUGCAGUCAUAAUUAGAGCUUGGGGCACACACAAAACUACACCAAAGUAUACAGUGUGCAUCACAUAUAUAUGUGUGUAUAUGGUAUAUACACAUUAAAUCCAACUCUUUUACACUUCACAAUCAGCAUGUAUAAGUAAAAGUGCCUCUGUCUCAGUGCGCGCGCGUUUCGUAUAUUUGCUCCUCCAACAGCUUAUACUAUCGUCCGAAAUUCGGAGCAGGUGCCCGCUCACUUUGAGCGUAAGGGCGCGUACACACCAGCCAAAAUUUUGUGGGGGAUCCUCGAGGACGGGAUAAGUACAGGUGUACAAACCAACAACAGGAACUCCUGCUGGCGCAAUAUCACCGAGAGAGAGAGAGCGGGGCCUCUUCGGUGUCCUCUCUUCUUCGUCCACGCUCCGCCUCCCCCUACCGUAUAAUACAUCCCGGAGGAGAGAGAGAAAGCUACCAGAGGGCGAGAGAGACUGCAAGAGAUAUCCCUGCGCUUGUUUGCUUGAGCGCAAGGGUGUCGUUGUCGGUCCUCUGGCCAGCAGCAGGAAGCCGCCGCAGGACUGCAGUGCAGGCUCGAAAGAGGUAGCCAGCCGGCCAGGAUGGUGCUGGCCGAGAGAAACUCGGAGAACGUGAGAAACGGGCGCAGGUCUCGGGGGCCCAGUCCCAAUGGACAAACCGAUACCUCCAGCGAGGAGGACGGAGUUCCAGCAGAGAAAAUCAGAGUUGGAAGAGAUUUCCAGGUCAGCGUUCCAGAAUUGAUUCCGAUUGGAGAUCGUAAGCUUGAUCUGUGCCCUGAAAAGGCUCUUCUCGUUUGGUCACCAACAACCGACAUACCAGAACAAAAACUGGAGGACUACAUUUCAUUGGCAAAGGAGAAGUACGGUUACAAUGGGGAGCAAGCUUUGGGAAUGCUGUUCUGGCACAAACACAACCUUGAACGAGCUGAAAGCGAUCUUGCAAAUUUCACACCUUUCCCAGACGAAUGGACGGUGGAGGAUAAAGUUUUGUUUGAGCAGGCAUUUCAGUUUCACGGCAAAAGCUUUCACAGAAUACGUCAAAUGCUUCCAGACAAAUCAAUUGCAAGUCUGGUCAAAUAUUACUACAGUUGGAAAAAAACUCGUACUAAAACAUCUUUAAUGGACAGACAAGCGAGAAAAUUAACCACAUCUGGCAAAGAGGGAGAAAACGGAAGCGACAACGGCAGCGAGUUGGGUUCAUCGGAUAGCGAUCAAGAUGAUAAAAAAUGGACGAUCCAUCGCGGAAUUCGUCGUGGAAAGAACCAGUCCUUGCCAGGAAGCCAAGGCAAUGACGCCAAGGCCUUGUCAGACUCGGAAAACGUCCCUCAGGUUCAGGGCUCGUGUAGCAACUGUGGCGUUGCUUGUCAUAAUGUGCGUGCUACGCCCAAGGGACACGCGUGUCAUAGCUGCUAUCUGCAUUGGAGGCGAACGGGUGUAGCGAGGCCGCUGAGCUCGAUGCCGGGUCGUUCGAACAAGCGAAAACCGCCGCGUGGACUGGUCGUCAAUCACGACGACUUGGCUGCCCUCGCCGGACAGACGAGUCAGGCCUCCAACGUCCUACAAGCUAUUGACACUGAAAUCGUUAGCCUCAAGCGACAAAUCCAGUCGAACAAGCAGCAGGUGAGCGCCCUUAAGCGAAAAACAAACGAUGGCAUCGAAGAACUACGGCCGAGCGAGAAUGCGAGCCGGAUAACGUCGCGUUGGACAAACGACGAGCUCCUGUUGGCCGUCCAGGGGGUGCGCAAGUACGGCAAGGACUUCUCGGCCAUAGCUGAUGUCAUCGGCACCAAGACUGAGGCUCAUCUGCGCUCGUUCUUCGUCAAUUACCGGCGCAGGUACAACCUCGACGCCGUCCUUAAGGAGUACGAGGCUGAAAAUGGGCCCAUUCUCAUCGAAGACGACAAGGAAGAUAAGAUGGAAAUUGACCAGCCCAUGAUUACGGAAUCAGCAGAGUCUUCGCAAAAAGCAAAAUCACCAGUGGUUACGAAUCAAACGUCCAAAUAACAUAUGAACUCGGUUGUUAAUUGCGCGAAGCGCGUCAAGCAAACUUAAACUUGCGUUCUUUCAAGAAGCUACGGUUGAGAGCCUGCUCGGAGAAAUCAUACUGUAAAUAUUGUUUCUCUUUUUCUCUCUCUCGCCGUACCUUAGAAUCGAUUUACAAUUUGUAGAACAAGUGCGAUA